GAGGAAAUAAGCUAAAAAACUUAAACUUACAUACCCAGAGAACGUCCUUCAGAGAUUCAGUUAGCCUCCAAAAAUAUCCACAGCCUCUCUGAGACAAUACACCUCCAGUUUCUGCUGACUCGUUCAGUCUGCACACAACAAUGAGAGAACAUCUCAGCCGUGUGCUUAUCCUUCUGGUCAUCACAUCCUCUUUAAAAACAUUAAACUCUGAAGAGGAGCUAUGGGACACGCAUUUUGGUUAUCCACCACCUCGACAUGGACUAGCCCUACUUACUUGGUAUGUGAAAAAAUGCAUCGACAAUAACAUGGUGGCACUUUGCGACCCUGUGGCAGGAGACUUUGGAUUCCACGUGUUUCACAACAUUGGACGCCUGCUUCCCCCGCUGAAGGACAAACACACAUAUGCAUACUUCACCAUAGGAAACCUUCACUAUAAGCAUGCGGCGGAUCUACCCUAUGAAGUGAGAAAAUACUAUGAUCCCCAUAAUAAAUUGAGCAACAUGGACAGAGUCAUUGUCAAGCUCAACAUGAACAAAAAUAAAAUUGAGGAUAUCUACAUAUCAGAACACUACAAUCCACCCAGAACCUUUUAUUUAGGGGACAAUCUCAUUGAUAGUUUAAGGCAACUUCAGAACUCAUCACGUAAAGCAAAAUUUCAAAAUAUGAAUAAAAUGUCUAUUAAUUAAAACUUUUUUUAAAAGAUUUUCUAAAUUAUCUCAUUUCCUUCCUUUGUGUUCCCAUGGCAGACCCCUACAGUCUUUCUUUAGCAUUUUCAGUUUUGUAUUUUCUGAACUUUCAUUUCUGAUUUGUUAUUAUGUGUUUCCCCAUUGUAAUUCCACUUCCCUGUUUUAAUUAUUUACAUUUCACUCUAAAACUGCUGGGUUAUUUUCAACAAGCACCGUUGGGUCAGAAAGGGACAAACUUGGCCACUGAGUUAAUUUAACCCAAAAAAAAAUUAUAUUUGACCCAACAAUGGGUUAAAACAACCCUGCAUAGGUUAGAUACAACCCAACAUGUUGGGUUCAUCUCAUUUUGACCCAACACUGGGUUGAAAAUAACCCAGCAUUUUUUUUUUUAGUGAUUAGAGGGUCAUUAUACCAAAUAGUUUUAUCUGACUUACAAAUGAGAAAGCAUUUAACAUUUUGUCACAUUUUUGAUGACAUGUUUUUCUGGAAACUUUCUUUCAUUCUUUCAUAAAUCUGAUAAAACUAAUGACUGACUUACGACUAUCUCUUCUGAGAUUUGAAGGAUGAAGUACUUUAAAGGGGACAGAAAAUAAAAAAACAUUUUUACCUAGUCUUUGUUGAAUAAUGGUAGUCUACCGCAUUCACGAACAUACAAAAAGUGCUAAACAUGCUAAACAUCUGAGUCUCAUAGAAAUUUCUCUUUUAGAAAUGUCAGCCAGAAAACGGCCCAAUCUGAAAAACUGAUGCUUAUGACAUCACAGGCAUCUCACUGCCCCUCCACUUUAAAAUAAUUGAUUACAUUUUUUGAGUGGCAGUAAAGUCAGCCAAUCAGUAAUGAGAUUGCAAGUUAAGCCAGUAGGGGGAGCCAAAUAGGUGCAAAACCACUUGUUUAAAAUCCCCCAUCUUAAUAGAGCUAUCUGAGAGAGGUUUUUAGGAAGCUUCUAAGGCAUUACAGACCCA